AUGCCAACUUCAUAUCAGAUCACAAAAUGGUUAAAAUUCUGCUUGACCUCAUGUCAACGAACACCUUUGUUAAUUCGGAAGAAGCGUAACUUUCAAGAUCCCAAAAAUAAGAAAGAAGUGCUGGCCAUUAGCAAAGAAUGUGUAUCUCAAGUUAAGAAUUUAGAAUCUGACAACGACAAAUGGCUUUUCAUUUGUGAUAAAUUAGGCGACAAAUUUAUGGAGGUCAAUCCACCUAAACCUCAUCCUAAAAUCUACAAAUAUAAUAAGCAAUAUAAGAAGCUCAUGUUAAUACUUGAUAGAAAUGAGCACAGAUAUCCUUGUGACAAACUUUGA